AUGCCCUACAACGUAUACAUAACCUACCACCACGGCGUCAUCCAGCACGUGCGCAUCUUCAUCGAGACCAAAGAAGACGGCAGCGGCAAGAUCUACCACGUCACAGGCACCGUGCUGAUGGGCAUGGAGUUGCAAAUCCGCGAUGCCUCGCGCCCCGACGACUCCGCCACGUACAUACCCGGAACGCAGACGCUGGUCGGCCGCAUGCACGAGGCCGACUUGGCGCGCUUCGAGGCGGCGGCGAGGGCUGUGCCGCCGCCUGGCGCGCAGGUGAAGCUGAAUGGCAGGCCCAAGGAUCCGACCAAGCCUGUUCGUCGCUGUGGGGAGUGGGUCGAGGAGCUGAAGGAGAAGGCUAUUGCCGAGGGGAUCGUCACGCCUUCAGAGGUUUAA